GCCCGGCCCCGCCUGCCGCCGUGCGCGGCGUGAGCCACUUGUGUUCACGCGGGGACCUCCCGCUCGCAAAGUUUGGGCGAGGUCACUAUCACAUGACAAAGGCUACGAGACAGCUUCAUCUUCCUCUGUCUGUAAUUUCCAUUUGCUUUCCUGGGUUACAGUAAUGAAAGGCAGUAAUAGGAAUAAGGAGCAUUCAACAGAAGGAGAGGGGACUGGGAAACGACCAAAGAGAAAGUGUCUUCAGUGGCAUCCACUACUUGCAAAGAAAAUUCUUGACUUUUCUGAAGAGGAGGAGGAGGAAGAGGAAGAAGAAGAUAUCGAUAAGGUCCAACUUCUUGGUGCUGAUGGUCUGGAGCAUGAUGCUGAUGAAACAGAAGAUGAUGAAUCAUCAGAGCAACGAGCUCGCAGGCCGAUGAAUGCAUUUCUCUUGUUUUGCAAACGCCAUCGCUCCCUUGUGCGACAGGAACACCCCCGUCUGGACAAUCGUGGUGCUACCAAGAUAUUAGCAGAUUGGUGGGCUGUUCUAGACCCAAAGGAGAAGCAGAAAUACACUGACAUGGCCAAGGAGUACAAGGAUGCAUUUAUGAAGGCAAACCCUGGCUACAAGUGGUGUCCCGCAACAAAUAAGCCUGUGAAAACCCAGUCAUCCACUGUUACAAACAGGAAGAAACUGUGGGCUUUCCCAUCAGACUCUGUGAAAGAUUUACCAAGCCCCAAAAAAGUGGCAAAGACUGAAGAUAUGCCUCAGCUUAAUUUUGGAAUAGCAGAUCCUACACAAAUGGGAGGCCUAAGUAUGCUGCUGUUAGCAGGGGAGCAUGCCCUGACUGCACAAGAGGUGUCCUCGAGUACUUGCCAGUCUGAUGCAUCUAACUCUACAGAAGCAUGUCGGAAGUCGCCAUUGUUUCAGCUUGCAGAGAUCUCAUCAAAUACUUCACAGUUGGCGAGUCCUGAGUCAGGGAAGCACUGUGGGAAGUCAGCGCUCUUCCAGUUGGCAGAGAUUUCCUCAAGUACCUCCCAUUCAGGCCCUUCUGACUUAAAGCAAUGUGGAACAUCAGCGUUGUUUCAGUUGGCAGAGAUGUGCCUUGCUACAGAGGCGGUAAAUGUGAAAGGUCCCGAGAAGGUGAAAGUGGAGACAUCUGAGGAUGUGAAAGUAGAAGCCCCAGAGGAAAUGGCAGUGGAAGACCUGGAGAAGGCAAAAAUAAAAGACUUGUGUAAAGUAAAAGCAGAAGAAUGUGAAAUGGUGAAAAUGAAAGAUCAGGAAGAGACAAAAAAUGAGGAGUCUGAGGUUACAAAAUGUAGUCAUUUUACUGAUCCUGCAAUGGACAGCAGUAACUUUGAGGGAGAUGAUGGCACAAAUGCAAAAGAUCACUCGUGCUGUUCUCAAGAGCUUUCCCUUGCUGAAAUUAACAUGCUAGGGCUGACCAAACCAGAAAAGAUGAAGAAGAAAAAGAAAAAAAAUAAGAUGGACCGACACACCAAUGAAAAAUCCACCCCCAAGAAAGCUUGUAAAAAGAGACAGUCUUCUGAAUCAGACAUUGAAAGUGUAAUUUAUACUAUUGAAGCAGUUGCGAAGGGCGACUGGGGAGCUGAGAGACUUGUUGAAAUUCCCCGCAAAAAAGUCCGCCCUGCCUCAAACGUGAAGGGAAGCUUAUUGGACACAAAGUCACCAAAGAAAAAAGUGAAAUCAAAAGAGAAGAAAACAUCAAAAGAAAAACCCAUGGAGACUACCAAAGAAUCAAAGCCUCCUGAUUUUCUUAGUAUUACAGCCAACAAGGAGGUGCCUUGUGAUGAGGUACCUGACAACAUAAAAGUGGAACCAUUAACUCCAACAGAAGAGGUGGUACCACAAAGCUUACCAGGACAGGUCAAAACUGAGGACAGUGACUGUGUUAAAAAGAUAGAAACCUGUGGCUCCAGGAAAUCAGAGAGAUCGUGCAAAGGUGCUCUUUAUAAAACUCUGGUGUCAGAGGGCAUGCUCACAUCCCUGCGUGCCAACGUGGACAGAGGCAAACGAAGCUCAGGAAAAGGCAACUCCUCGGAUCACGAAGGAUGCUGGAAUGAAGAAAAUUGGGCAUUUUCCCAAAGUGGGACAAGUGGGAACAAGAAGCUGAAAAGGUCUAGGCCAAAAGAAGAAUUCAUUUUGGGCUUAGCAAAGCUUGAAGAAGAAUUUGAAAAGAAAUUCAACAGCCUCCCUCAAUACAGUCCAGUUACAUUUGACCGGAAAAGUGUAUCUGUUCCAAGGAAAAAGAAGAAGGUUGGAAGCUGCUCAGCAGAACAACCAAAAUCCAACAAAGCCAUACUUUCAGAAGACAAAAACUCCAGUGAGCCUACAUGGAAGAAUAAAAAUUCUAUAUCUACUCUAAGCACUCCGGAGCCAGCAAUGAUGCAUGAACCCUUAGUUGGCAGCCAGAAGAGGAAAGCAAGGAAAACUAAGAUCACCCAUCUGGUUCGAACAGCAGACGGUCGGGUGUCACCAGCAGGAGGGGUGCUAGAAGAAAAACCAAAGGAGCUACUACAGGGUAGUCUCCAGAAAGUGUCAAGUGUAGAGACGGAUUGCAACAGUGAAUGCUCGAGAAACGCAGAAGCAAAAGAAACUCAUAGUAUUACACAGGACAUGCCAGCUGUGUCUGCAUUCUUUAGUCUUGCUGCUCUGGCAGAAGUAGCAGCAAUGGAAAACGUACACAGAAGUCAGAGGGCCACACCUCUCCCACAUGAUGGACAGCCAAAAGAAAUGUCUCAGGCUCCAGUGCUUAUAUCCUGUGCUGACCAGUGACGCUCCACUUUAUUGUAAAAUGUCGUGCUUUACCUAAUAUCCUAGCCUUGUCUUUACCAAGGGAAGCUAGUCAGUCCAUAUGAUGGAAAAUAUAGACUGCAAACAAGUGCUUAUUGCUCUGACUGGCCCAGAUUUCACUGGAAGCCAGAACUUAGCAACUUGGGCCAGGUCCUCCAAUCGGAACCCAGUAUGUAAGAGGGUGGUGUUAUUUGUCUAAUAAUGAACAUGGAAUGAUCCUGGAGCUUGCUUUCUAUUGAAGGCUUUUAAACGGUAAAUAGGUGGUUUACAUGAUAAAGGCUGCCUUUACUGUAGCUCACACAGCAUCUCCUUUACCAACCAGAGAGUAUGGAAAACUAGUUUCAUAUAUAUCUAGUUAUUCUAAACAAAAAUACAGAAAAAGAAGAAAAAAAAACCUGACGCACUGCACUAGUUAUUAUUAGAUAUUCUUAGUCAUUUUUGUACAUGAAGAUUUAAGUUCUAAGAUGGUUUAUAUAAUAGGUUAUGCCUACAUUUAUAUUGUAGAACGAAUUUAAAAUCUGUUCCGGAGAACUCAAGGCAGCAUGGACAUAUGUACCAUUGUUAGCGGUGUUUGUGCAGCCAUGUGGUCCAGAUGUUCUGCACUUUUAUAUUUGCCACCAGAGUGGUAGUUUACUGGCAAAAAUUCUGACAGGCUAUGUUGUUUUUUUUUUCUUUGAAAUUUAGCAUGGAAUAACCAGGAAGAUUUGCAUUAGAAAAAGAGGUGAUGUAAGGAAAGAAUGGUACUGCAAACAAUUGACUUGUCUUUCAUGCCUUGGAGAGGGCUCCUUUAUUUUUAAAUAGAGGUCUAAAUGACUGGGUGAAUUGUUCAUAUAAACAAAAACAACAAAAAAAGUACUACAGAUACAUUGUUCAGAAGUGACCUUAGUAUUACUUGGCUGUUCUGAAAACCUUGAAAACAUGACUUUUCAAUAUACAUGCACACCAAUACAUAUAACUUUUACAGACACUGGCAUUGUUGUAAUUGCUAUGCACAGUCUAAAUUGAACUAGUGGGUUGUUUAAAGAGACUAUUAUAGUUUGUGUUCGUAAGGUGGGUGAGUUGUAUGCAAGUAAGCCGUGACAGAAAAAUAAUGUUUGACUAAAUUUAGGCAGAGGUCCACCUGCCAGUUUCCUGUCUUUGCUUUUGUUUGGUUUUUGUAUUCUGCUUUUACAAGAACAUCCCAAAAGUCAGACCAAGUGUAUCACUUGGCCUGCAUCUUCACUAUCUUGACUUAAAACGCUGUAUAAUCCAGGCAGUUGUUUGCUACUAACAGAUGCAAAAUGGUUAUUAGAAAUGAUUCCUAGACUUAAAAAAUCAACAGGGUUCUUCAAUAGCACAAGGUCUCUCCCUACUUUUUGCAUCAUAGCACAAAGAGUUACCAAAUUGGUCCCCAGCAAUAAUUUUCUAUUGGUCUUCGUCAUACUGGCUGAAUUUUUGAUAGUAUUAGGUUGAGUUUGAAGUUCUUUAACUUAAGUCUUUAAACAAUGAGAGUUUACAUGGUUCUAUCAGGCAUUCUUAUUUAUACUUGACUGAAUUGAAAAUAUGUUUCUGGGGUUAUUUUGUAAUUGUAAUUUGAUGUAAUAGCCAUAUGGACAGUAACUCUAUUAAUACUUACUAGAUGUAGCCUUUCAUCGUUGUAGAUGUAAGUACAAGUCUUUGGUUUCAGUGUUGGAAAAUGAUAUACAACAUACCACACAAGUUGUAACUAGUGAUGAAGAGUUAUUCAAAAGCAGAUAGCUGGGUAAAUCUCAUUUAAUACAGCACCCUCAAAGAUGCAUGUAUUAGAGAAAGGGGAGAAAAAGGAAAUAACAAAGUUGUAAGUUUAAAAGGCUUUUUUGAAAAUUCAGGUAAAAAUAAGACUGAUAAAGAGCCCCCAGCUACCCCAUUUUAGCCUACAGUACUAUUUUUAAUAAAAUGUUAUUAAUAUUUUCUAAAUUAUUUUAACGCAAUGAAAAAACUGUCGACAUUUAAAACUGUCAGGUCAUAGCAAGGUGGCAGUUGGAGUUUUGGACCACUUUAUAAAUUAUAAUUAGCUGAAAUCCAAAUAUCUUAUAGUGCAGGCCAUUCACGUUGACAAUGGUACUAACUUACUUCUCUAGAAACCCUUAGAAUAGAUAUAUUUUUGCCAGAGCACCCCAUACUCCUUCGACUUAAAUUUCAAUAUUGUUCCUUAAGAUAUUUCUGUAUAUUAAUGGUACCUUUUUUAAAAGAAACAAAAAAAGAUUACUUUUUUCUAUGUGAAUUAAUAUCUUACUUGAUCUGCUUUUCCUUAACUUUCCCUUAGACAGGGGGUGGGAUUGGGUCAAUUUACUGGAUAUGACUGUUUUCAGAUACUUAAACCUUUUUGUAGAUAUGCUUAAUUUUUAAGCGGUUAGGCACUGAGAGUAGCAGAAAUCCUGCAAAGCUAUAUAGUUCACUAGACAUUUGCCUUUGGUUCUCUGAGUGAUGUCUUGAUUUCAGUAGCUAGAUCUUUUCCUGAAUCUACUAGAAAGGGGUAUCUGUAUUUUCAGGUAACAUUUGUUAGCACAACAAAACUUCAGACCAACAUUUUACUGUAUUGGGUUGGCUUUUCUUUUCUUUUCUUUAUAAUUUUUGUUAUUUUCAAUUCCUUUCAUUUUGGAAAAUCAUUAUUGCUAUGGUGUGUACUUCAGUAUACCAGCAAACACUGUCACCCAUUGACACGUGUCCACAAAUGCCUCUAGAGAAGAAAUUGUUGCACCUUAUGUAUAUCUCAAGAAAACCAAAAUAUGAUACUUUUCUGCUUUGUUUUUUCUGAUUUAUGUUGUAUCAUACUUUACUGAACCCUUUCUAACCUAGCUAAAACCAUCAAUAUUUAUGCAUUUAACCUUUAAUUUCUGGAUCUGAACCUGUGUAUAAAUCUUGCCUUUAAAAAAAACCAACACAACAACAAAAACCUGAUUAUCUUAGUCCUCCUCUAUGACUUCUGGAUGGGAGUGGGAAAUCUUGUCUCAAGUGUAAAAAGGCAGUACUGUCCCAGUUUUCCUUGGCUUUUUAUUUAUUUAGUUAUCUUUGAUAUUUCACAUGUAGUUUUGAGGUAUACAAAGUAUAUUAUAGUAGCUGAAGCUACAGACAUAAGCAGCUGGGAGAAAAUUACUGUAAUAUUUUUUUUAAUUUUAUUAGUACUGUAUAUGAUUAUGGGAAAAACAUUCUGCAAGGUAUUUUGAGAUGCAGGUUCUUAACCACCCUCCCUCCCCUCUCCACACACGCACACACAUUAGGUUAUUUUCCAGAUAUUAGACCAAAAUUGAUCAAAACCAUUAUGGAGAUUAAACUCUGCUGUAAUUAUUGCAGUAAUUAUUCUCUUGAACAUGCUGUGAUUCCAGAAAUAGAAUAUAUUUAUUUAAGAUGAUUGAACGCGCUCUUAUGCUACUACAGUGUCCCAAAGUCAGAAGCUGAAAACUUUUCUUUUAUUAGUUUCCAUUCCCAAUUGAUGGCAUUGCCGCAUGACUUUCAAAAUGCAAAUAAGCAUUGUGCUGGGCAAAGGUGCUAGAAGAAGGGAUUGAUGGAAGUACCUGAGCCAGUAUUGAAACUAGGGGUACACCGAUAAGGAUUCUCUUGGCCAACACCAAUAGCCAAUUAUUUAUCUGAUAACCAAUUUAAAGGAGCACAGCCAGGCAGCAUGGGGAGCAGCACCCUACAGGUAAGUCUGUGGAGGGGAAGAGGUGUAGGGGAAGGAAACAGUGUCGUGGGGCAGAUUGAGGCCCCCAUGGUGAGGAAGGGAGUGGAGCAGGGGGUGUUGUCCAGCCAGGGCAGUGAAUGGGACCCUGGGGCCAGCCCGGGACAGAGCUGUGGGUGACUCCUCCAGGGGAUCAGCAUCCCGGAGCUUAAAAAUGGUGGCAGGGGUGUUUGAACUAAAGCACAUUGAAUAAGCUUUAAUUCAGGUUGCCACCACCACCACUUUUAAGCACGGGGACACUUCUAACUGGAGCACAGCUGAGUGGAGUGCAGGUGGAGGCAGGCUGCUUGCUGUGGUCUUGGGGCUCUCCACUCUGCUGCCUUUGCUGAAGGAGCCCCGCACUGACCACACCAUGUCCUCUGCCCAUCCAGCAGCAGUGUCGGCAGCAAGUUGUGCCUCCUGCUGCCAGAAGGACAGGGGACAAGUCCAGCAUGCAGCUCCUGGGGCAAAGGCAGCAGGGUGGAGAGCCCCGAGCCCACAGUGGGCAGCCCACCUCCACUGUGUGCACAAAUCUGGGGGGGGGGGACACAUGCCACCCCAUGCCUCCCUCGGGGGUGCAUUCAGUGACAGGGAAGCGGCUCUCCCCCAUGGCCGUGGACGAGCAGCCUGCAGCUCCAUCCUGCUCCUUUCCCUGGCCCCAGGGUCCCACUCACUGCCCUGGCUGGGCCGUGCUCUCAGCCUCUGCCCCACUCCGUCCCUCAUUGUGGGGGCCUUGAUCUGGCUCCGCACGUCCCUGCCCAUCCACAAACUUAGGUGCAGGGUGCUGCUCUCCACACUGCCUGGCUUCAUUCCUGGCCACGUACAUGCAUACAGCUGCACACAUGCACGUGGUGUUCAGGGGCCCCAGCCAGAUGGCAUAUUGUAUUUAUUGGUGACAUUAUCGGCUACACCAGCCAAAAAAAGCCAAUGACUGAUGAUAUGAAUUUUCUUUAAUUUAUUGCUGCCGAUUUGAUAUGUCACCAAUAUAUCGGUGCACCUCUAAUUGAAAUGCCACCUGCCAUCCUUUUUUUCUUUAAUUGGUUGUCACUUUGCUUAAGUCGCACAAUGCUGGUGAGCAAGCUGCACUAGAAAUCCUUAUUAGAAACUCAUGAGACCUGUAGUGCACCAGCAGGAGGGAGUGCAUUAGGCAGAAAAACACCUUUAUUUUUAAAGAAUACAUCUUUUAGUACAAAGUAUUAAUGUGAAGUAGUUCUAAUUUCUGCUGCCUAUUUAGCUACUGUAUUCUGGAAUGAGCUGAAGAGAACAUCUGUAGUGGGUCUCUUUUAACAAUGGCCUAGGAAAGAGGGCCUCCUCUCAACCAGGCAAGGUGGUGGUGACAAAAGGGAGCCUGGAAAAGAACAAAAUAGAAAAAUCAAGAAAUAGAGUUUGUGAUGCUGUUGAUUCUUGUCUGCACUCCCUUGUUUAAUAUUGAUUUUAAUAAGGCUACCUCUACUGGACUGCUUUAGUUUAACUUCCAUUGGCUGUUAGCCCUCACCCUACAGCCCGCUCAGCCAUUAAUACUAUUUUAAUAUCACUGUAUAAGUUUCCUUUUGAAGAACAAGCUUCUUAUGGAGGGAAUGGUGUAAAGGUCACUGUACGGUGGUAGCCAUGCUGUUUAUGUUGCUGUUACAUUGUUAUUCUGUGCAUUCUUGUUUGAGAGCUAUUCUCACAUUGGGUCAAUGAGACUGUAUUCACAACAACAGAAACUAGAUCUUGUCAGAUAGUUGACUUCAGAUAUUCCCAAAGUAAUGCAGCAGUCCAAAAGUUCCUUUCAAAACAUAUUCUGCAUUACGUUUUCUGUCAGGAUGUUGCCAAAAAAUAUAGUUCACCAACUCACGCUUCAAACUGUUUUAUCCAUUAGAUGCUAUUUGCUGUGCGUUUUUGCCAGAGUGUAGAGCUGCUAGGGAUCUGUCAUAUUACUGUAAUUUUCCUUGGCAUUAAUUCUCACUAAUCUGUAUCAUGUGUGAAAUCAUUGUCCACAUCUGUCAGAACUUCGACACACAUUAAUGAGGGGGGGCAGCAAAAAAAUGAAUUCAGUUAGACUGUGGUAGAGAAGUUUGCUUAUUUCCCUCAAUUUUCCAGUACAGAAAUGAGUGAGGUUUACACUUCUUGCCUAAAUACCAUUAUAAUUUUGCUAACUUUUUAAAUUUACACUUCCAUGGAAGACCACAGGCAGAUAUUUGCUGUAGCUUAAACUUGUCUUUCUGUUGGUCCUUGAAUGCCGCAGUCCAGAGGCCCAUUAUUUGGUUCCACUUCAUCAAAGCAUCCAAACUUAUGCUUAAGUAGAUCCUUUCCCCAAGAUGGCACUGUUAUUACUACUUAGCAUGUAGGAUUCAUAGUCAUGGACUAGACCUCACUGUGCCUACAGUGAAGCAUAUGCUUGUGUGCUGUUCUGAUUAGAGACAUUUCUUGCAUUGGGACCUUAAUUCUUGUUAUAUUUAAAAAUAGCAACAUAGACUAACACUCAUUAAGUUCUUCCAAAGAAUUACUCUGUAAUUACUGAGCGCAGACUACUACCAAGUACCAGACAGACACACAACACACUUCAGUGGAAGUGGAUCUAUUUUACCUUAGAUCUUAUAAAAUUAAUUCCUUGACUAACCAGGCUUCCUGCAAUAACACUCUAACCUACCUGGCAAAAGUUAAAAACAGUCUCCCUCCUCCCUCCCUCUCCCCCACUGUUAUUUUUCAAUCGGUGCCCGGGGCUUUGAAGGGGACAGAGCAGUGUAUGGAGUGGAGUACAGCUGCAGCUUUUUCUCCGUUAACCAAGUAUUCUGCAUUUAGGAGUUGGCUCCUAAGAUAACCUGAGGUUUUCUGAUGCCAUGUUAUGAACUCUGUUUUCAUAGAUUUCAGUCUUUCCUUGCACAUCACAAACCAGGGUGGGAUUUUCAAGCACACCCGAGUUAGAAAUGGAAGUCCUGUGACUGCCUCACUUGGACACUUAUGAAAAUCCUGUGCCUAAACAAGCCUUGCUGUGACCGUCAAGUUUUUCAGUCUGUCAGCAGUUUUAAAUGUGGCUGGUUUGUUAUUGCCUAUUUUCAUAGGGCCAAUCUUUCCACCCUCACUCUCCCACAUAAUUCUACUGACUUUUGGCCCAUAAUUUGGCUUUAUUCUGUCUUGUUUGCUGUAAACAUGCUUUGUAAUAGCUUAUCUCCAGCCAAUGGCAUAACAGCGAUUUCCUUCCUAGAUGUAUGUAGUUAAAGUCAAUAAGCACAUUUAUAAAAUGUCAUUCUUUCUUUCAAAAACUUAUACCUAAUUUGAUAUUUUUAAAGUGCACAUGUUAAGUCAUGUGUAUAACAUGCUAAAGUACAUUAACUGUGAUCAUGAAACUGAAUAAAAUAUUUAAUAAAAUAUUUGAAAAGGACCUCUAAAUAGAUUUUUGUUCCCUCUAUUUUAGCUGUCCACUAUGUGCUUGUAAAUAAUUUCCCAUUUAAAAUGAAUGGAUACAGUUAAAUAUGGUAAAAAUUGAGCUUCUGUGAUAUUUCAUCUGCUUCAAGUUCAAGUCCCAGAUAAAACAAUGCUAGUAGAACUCAGAUAUUGCUGGAAUAGGAAAACGUGCCUAAAUUGAGUUAGACUGCCAUUUCUUCUAAAGAUUGUUGGGUCCCACCCAGCACCUUUGAAAAAUCCCAGCUGACCUCAACAGGUUUGCAUCUCAUGCACCUGCAUGUGUUUGAGAUCAGACCUUUACAGUGGGCUUAUGCUGAUGAAGUGCCAUUGAAUUCACUCAAGUUAAACCAUGUUGCCCUGGAGUAGCAGCAGCAGAGAAUCGGGCUUUUUGUCUCGCUUGCUCAUUGGAUUUUUGUCUUCCAGGCCUGCUCACAAAUUUCAUCUACAGCCCACACAAAAUUGGCUUAAAUCACCUUUAAGUAACAGAGCCCUUGCUUCAUUUGUAGGCCCUAGACAUUAAAGGAGUUGUACAAAAACUGAUUCUUAUACACCAAAAUGAGGCUUGCUGUAUCAUGCUUAUGUUGUGGAAGUGCCUCAGAGCUUCAGCCAAGUUUGGCUCCAUUUGAACUUGAGCUGUUUCCAGUCUCACGCUAGAUAACUUAGAUUUUCAGGGUCCAGUCCACCACUCCUCAUGCACCCGAAAUGCCAUUGAUUACAUUGGGAUGUUUUUGAUGUGCAAGGAAUGCAAGACGGUGCCCUUGGUGGAGAUGGAACGUAAUGCUCCGACUACAAAGAAAGAGGACGGCAGUUAUCAAUGUGCAUGUCAUCAAGUGACCACAGGAGGUGCUUUUAUUAAAAUCCUUUAUAUCAGUCAGAACAGCACUGACCUGAAUCAAAAAUGAAUACUAGGAUUUAAUCAGCUACGCUCAACAGUAAGGGCACAAAACUAUCCUGUGGAAAAGGAAGGGCUUGUCACAAUGAGCAAAAAUUGCCAAGGGUUUAUCUUCUUACGAAGAGAAUUCCUAAACCUUUCACGCCCUAUUGUCUGACACAUCAGGAAAGUUAAAAUCACCAUCCUUUUUUUUUCAGUUCAGCAUUAUUGUCUGUUUCAUUACUCCAAUUUAGUCUCUCUUGCCUGCUUGCAUUUUGUCCAUGCCAGCAAAACAUCUUGAAAUGUAUUUUCAGUUGACUCCCAAGUGCAGACGAUUUGAAACCCAGCUCUCACUUGUAUUGCUUCUUCCAGCUGCAUGGCAUUAUAUUUACAUUCUAACUGUCAGGUAAGGUAGAUACAUGCAUUGGUUUGUGACAGUAUGGAAAAAAACCCAUUUCAUCCUGCUGUAGUCACCUAUCAAAAUGCUGACAUUCUACCCUGAUGAUCUAGUUUUCCACUAUUUAAAGUACAUGUCUUUUGAUGUGCAGCUAAUCCUCCUAUUGCAUCAGAUUUUUUCCAAGUACAAAAUCAUAAAGUGAAUACAAAAGUAUACUCAAGCAUUCCAUAACCAAUCUAAACAUCAUGGGACAGUCAAAUCCUCAGUAGGACACUAGCACUUUGUAACAAAACAUGAUACAUUAUAUAUUUGCUGCAAAGUUUUGUUUUGUUUUGAUUUUGUUUUUGUUUCCUUUUUUCAAAAAUAAAACUUGUAAGAUACAAAGCCUACCAUCUUAUUCAGUGUGAGCUUCUUUUAUAGACUAUUUCUGGCACAGAAUCUAUAAGAAUUUGAAGUUACAAUAAUUUUUCAAGAUUUAGUCUACAAUUCAGCUGCAGCUUUCCUUCAUUAGUUGCCUUUCAUGAGGUUGGCAUGUAUAUUAGAUCUUCAGCAGAAGUUCUUUGGCCUAUCUCCAUCAGUUUUUAUAACAGCUGAAAUUGUAAUCCAUUUUAAGUUAGACAGCAUCUUGUUUCAUGUAUAGCAGUGCUCAAAAGCAUCCUGUUUCUCAUCCUUGAGGGCAAACUGAUUUAAAAGAAACUCAAGAACCAAACCAGUGAAAUUAGUUCCUAACUAAAGUUGAUUGAAUGCUGACCUCUAAUACUUUAAGCCAAUUGUAGCAUUUUUUUUAAAUAAUUUUAAAUGCCUCUGGUUCCUUUGUUAAAUUAAUAUCCAGGUACUUUUUCUCAGCACAUGCUUCAGGUGAAUAUAGUUUUUCAUUAUCAACAAAACAUAAGGUGGUUUCAUGUCCUUGAUCUCUCAGUUUGUGAGUGCAGAUAAGGUAUUAAUUUGCUUAAAUCCAUUAUAUUUCAGGCUAAAUGUAUUCCUGCAGCAAAGAAAAACCAAAAAAAAAUACAUUACGCAUUGCACAAUGACUUUGGACUUGUAAGAGGGAGCAAUGUUUUAUCCCUAAACAGCCAAAUGCUUAUGAUUUAUUGAACCAACUGCAUGGUUGGGACAGAUUUAAACAAGCUUUCAAGUAUCACAGUACCCUUCCUGGGGUCUCUGGGAGAGAAGCAGGCAUAGCAGACCUAAACAGCAGAUGGAACAGAGGCUUAAGUAAAACUCUUCCACGUGUAAAUAAAAAUAGGAUAUAAGAAAGAUUAUCAAGUAAACUGAGAGGUCUUUCAUGUAUUUCUUGGACGAUCACGGAUACAUCACUUCAACACUACCAAAAUGUUUACAUUCAAAUUCAAAGAUUCCAAAAUAUACAAGGGACACAUUCUUGGACUUGUCAUAGCCAUUUCAUGCUGCUUUUGAGGCCCAGAAGAGCCUUAAACCCAGGCCAAGGGGCCAAUAGGGCCUUCUAUGUUAGGGAAUCCUUCAGAGGCACAGAGUCAGCAUAGUGGCCCUUAUGUGACCUACUUGUAGUGCAAGGGGAAUGGAUGGGAAGUCAGACAGGAUGCGUCUGCCCCCUGGCAGCCUCCAGUUGCUGAAAUAUGUUCUCUUGAGCUUUGCCAACCAACCACCCAACUUCAGAAGGCCUGGAAAGCCAGCUGUAAACUUAACAGAAAUCCAUUCCCAGGCAAUGUUACAUAGCCUGUAUUAAUAGUCAUUUAAAAAGCAAAGUUCUCACUGGUUUCCUUAAAAUAAGUUAAUAGCUUAUUAAUUUUUCUUUAGGAAAUCAGUGUGCUGGUUCUAAAAUAUUCCCAAUGGACUAUCCGCAUACAGAAACAUACUAGCCAAAUGGUUUUCACCCAUCCAUUUCUAAGUUCUUUCAUUUGUUUUGCUCCCAGUACAUUUCUACCUACAUCCCUCAGUUUCCAUCUGCACAACAUUUUUUCAAAGAAUUUUUCAGCUCUAGGCCUGCUGCUUUUCAUUUUCUCGUACUGUUUGGUGUGGGAGGAAGGGUGAGAGAAGUGAAGGGAGACAGAUUCCCAUCUUCAGCCCAAAAAUCUAUUUGAGAGACAAAUCUGUGAGGUUCCUGUGUGCAAAAUGACACUGACAGGAGUGUCGCUAAGGGUGACAAGACUGAAUGAUGAUUAAUAGUAAUGUGUGAUGAUAGCAAAGCUGUCCAUGUGGGUGGACUGGACUAGGCUGGGCUGGGCCCCUAGUAAGUGGAACAUUUUAGCUGCCCACUCUGCCAUGGUUCCAGCUUUUUGAAGUCUCAUUCUUCACUUGGCUCCUUUCUUGCUCUAAAUAGCUGCCAUCCAAGUACCCUAGGCCAGACCAGGCUGACAAAAAUAAAUCCGCCAGAGGGUGGAAAAGCAUGGGGAGUCCAUGAAAACGAGGGGAUAUUUGAUUAAGAGGGAAAGAUGAGAAGAGUAACAUCAUGCUUCCUCAGGCUCAAUGUAUGCUUUUCCAUCCACUGGAUUUGGGGGUUUGAGCAGCAUUAACACUUCCCUUCAAAACCAUAGGACUCAAGCCAGAUACUGCCAACAUUGGCUUGGUUUGAUUGGCCUGGUUUGCACUAAGUCAUCCCAUAGAGUUUUGGCAUGGGAACUGAGGGUAAUCUUAGGCAGGGUGUGGUUGAAAUGAUGGAAGAACGUGGCUGGAUUUCCCCUAGAUAUUGGGGCCCCUGGUGUGUUUAGGAUGCAAGGGGUUCCUGUCCCCUGCAAUGCAGGAUGGCUUCACAACAGGUCACAUAUUAAAGGUUUAACUAUUCUGUAUCAAUCGGUGUAAGGCUGCAAAGGGUGACAUUCAUCUGUUCCAACCAACUUUCUGAUUUCAUUUUUUUAACUUCUAAUAUUUUAGAAAAACACCUUCUUGACCCCUCUCAUUACUGUAGUUUUGCUACAUACCCCUUUCCCCCAUUUUUGGUAGGCCAGGCUGACAAAUUAAAUCCCACAGAGGGUGGAAAAACAUAGGGAACCUAUACAAACAAGAGACCUUAUGAUGCAGAGAAGAUUAGAUUGGCAACAUCAUCCUCCCUCAGACUUCAUGAACGCCUCCAUGGUAGAUGUCAGAGAGAUCUUCAAGGUUUUAGGCAUAAGGAAAAAGCCUCUGAAUUCCCUGGAGACUUUAACAUGGGUAUUUUUCUGUUGAACUCCCUGAAAUACCCGAUAACAAAUGUGACACUUCUGUCGUUCAUCCACACAGUUAUUUCCAUAGCGAUGUUUCAGUGUUUUAUUUUAAAUUUAUCCUGGUUAAAAUGUACCAAGAGAAUGCCAGUGCUGACAACUGUCAACUGCCUUUUUUUAUUAAAAGCAUUCAAAGAGGAAGGGUUUUUUUGUGCCCCCCCCCCCCCCUUUUGAUCUGACACUAGCUGUAGGAAAUAUUUUCUAGUCCAAAAAUAAAUUAUACUGGUACACCCAAGAUUUUCCAGCCAUGGCAGACUAUUGUACUUUAAAGCUUCUUGUGGUGAUUACUGUUUUGUCUCCCCUUCUUUUCAAUCCUAUUCCAUUCCCACAAGAGAUUAGUUGCUAAUACCUAGCCAGGUAUAACCACUUGUGGUUGACACUUGGAUUACAGGCUUUCAUCUGGUCAAAAAAGGACUGGUUCUUAAAAAUUAUCAAAAGAGUAACUGCUAAUAUGUUGGCUGGCACUGGAGGGUUUAAAAAUGAAAAUCCUGCUAGCCAGAAGUCUUAAAGUCUAGUACUUUACAUUGCACAGCCUCCCUAAAUUUACUAGCACAAAGGAGUUUCCAUUUUGGCUGGGACCAAAGGGCAGCACUGUAAUAACAAUGCUAUUAACUAUAUAAUAGAUGAUUUUAUAGGACUUGAAACAAAGGUUUCUAUCAUUUGGAAGGCGGGUGCUCCUAGCUUUCCAGGUAAUUAAGGCCCUGUUUCACAACAUAUUGGAUCUUGGAACUCUCACUACCCUAAUCCUGGGCAUUAACCCUGGACUACAUAAACCAGUGUAAUUUUCAGUCUUUCAAAACAGUUUACUGUGAUGACCUUUUAAAAUAAACACUGUAUACACACCUGUGACUUACUCUGCCUUGGUUUAAAACCACAUCAUUUGCAAAAGGUUACUUCUAUUAGUGUGUAAAGGAGAAAUGAGGGAAAGUUCAUUGGUUGGCCUUCCCCCUAGAGUACAUUCUUAAAUGCUUUCUGUAAUCUAAUCCUAGCUGGCUGUGUCACACACCUACUCUUUGUGUUGGGUAAGUAUUACAUAGGGAUUCUGAAUGUUAAAAUGUGUCAUAGCAAAGGAGAUCCUCAGGUUUGUGAGAUCAAGGCCCCUUGUUUCAAGAACACACUUGCAGUCAACCUCCCAGUCCCAGGUCCCUACAGGAUAACAUGACAUGUCUGGGCCUGCUGCAACAAUUUCCUUGUGCAGCCUGGCAGUCUUUUCAGAGCUUCUCUAACAGGUGUUCAGGCUUUUUUUAAAAGAGGAGCUGAAGUGCCUGUAGAAACAGCUGGAAGAAAGGCAAAAGAGUAACUAUUAUGUGAACUUCUAGGUUUCCACAGACAAUAGUUGCAGAACCCAUGGCAUGCAACUUCGAAGAUAUCACCUUAGAAUUGGGCCAAACCUUGUGUGCAAGAUCAGCAAAGAUAGGUGAGAAGUUAGGGAAAAUUCCCCAUUUUAGGAGAUGGACUUUUGCCCACACUAUUUCCCCCAAGAGGUCCUUAUUUCAUGAGCUAGAUAAAACUCAUUUUAAAUAAAGAGAAAAAUUGAAGCUAGUGCAUGGUCUGGAAAGCAGCAGUGGCUUGUUUCAGUGCCUGUGGCCAUAAUUUGUGUGUUGGAAGGAAUAUGCCAUCCACUUGAGGUGUAAUGCAAUUUCCAAGUUACAGUGCAGGUCCCAGAUAAAAUAUGUUUUUGGCACCUAAUGAGAUCUCAAUUAACAAAUGUAUCCAUUUACCAAUCCUGGAAACAAUGUUGAGUGCUUCUCAUUGUUUUAAUUAUACCUUAGGCAUAUUGUUUAUAGGAGGUUUCUGAAAAUAUAGACUGCUUGGCAGGCAGAAGGAUAGUUUUGAUUUGGAAAGAAAUGUAUAUGGUAUAUGGCCAUUUAAUGUUGGUAUUUUAUUGUUAACCCAAAUUGCACUUAUAAUAAUUCUGUCAGGUACACUAUGUGCUGAAUACAGGUUUGUCGGGGAGAAAGGGGGGAGGUUUAAGUGGGGUUAACAACUUGACUACUCAUAAAUCUACUCACUUGACAACAUCCUACAAAAAUCAAUGUUGUUAAGAGACAAACACAAAAAUGUAGUGUAUGUAAUAAGAGUGAAUUUUUCUGGUAGAUGUUUUAACAUCAGAUAUCAGUCCAGGUAUAAACCAUGGUAGUUUUAGUGAUAACCAUACAUUUAUGUUGGUUUACAUCAGCCAAGGAACUAAUGUUUGUAUCAGGGCAGGGAAAGGUGGUUCUUGUUUUCUGUUUGAAGGAGGAAAGAAUCUGGGGUAUGAGAUAAGAAAAUCCUUGUAUUUAAAAAAAAAAAAAAAAUGAUAAAGUUGCUGAGCAGCAUCUUUUUGCUCUAAUUAGAGUGGCAUCUUUUUGCCUGACACAGUUCAAGGAUCGUAAUAAGAUUUUGUUGCCAUGUCUAUUGUCAAGGGUGUUGGAAGUGCAGUUCAGUGUUGCCACAAGUUUGUUGCACGGUUCUUGUUUUUCCACAACUGUUGUGAAUUUACCAUGGGAUACAUCAGGAACAGUAGACCUACGGUCUAUUCACUCCCCUAGGGCUAUGAUCACACCUUGGGUGUGUAUGACUGCUCCAAUACAAACUGAAGGCAGCAAAGCAGUGAACAUGAGCUUUGGGUGCCAUAGGGUACCAGAUGAUGGUAUGUAUCUCAGAUGACAUUGCUAUUUUCGCUGUAUACAAACUGUUGCUUUAAGUUGGCAUUUUUAGCAGUGGUCCUUAUUUUUAUUAUAAUAGCACCUCAGAGGCCAAUCCAACAGCCAGGGUCCUACUCCAUGGAUCUAGAUUUGUUGCAACAAAGCUAACCUUGUACUGGUGGGGUAAAAUUGCACUCAGCGGGGUGGAAAUCUAUUUAUCCUAUGGUGAACAACCAGAGUGCAGCUUGUGACCAACUCUGAGUUAUCUAACUAAAGUGUAGGAAGUCUAUUACCCUAUUUAGGUACACAAGCACUCCCAUCCUAGGAAUAGGAUCACCUUCUGAAGACACAAACAUUUCUUUGUUUCUAAAACGGGAACACUUACCGGAGGGGACAGUAGAAUUGGUCCUGCAAUUUAGUUGGACAUUUGACUGACAUUAUGUUCCUAGCAAGAUGCACUUUGGUUGUCCAGUAGGUGAAACAGAAUUCUGCCCUUUUGAGAUAUUUUAAGCUGAUUUCUUUAGAAGAUUACUUAGUAGGGAUCACUCUUGUACACAUGUUAUGUUAUCCUGUUAUAUCCCUUACCCAUAGAGAAAAAAAUCAGAGAAAAUUAUAUACAUAAAUAAAGCUUUGUUGAGGCCAGAUGAGUCAGGUUCUGUCUAUAGUUCACUUCAAGAGUUACUCUGGAUUUAGGCAGGGGUAUCAGAGGGCAGAAAGACUUUGGUAUUGUACCUUACAAGAACAAUCCAACAUCUUCACAGAAGAACUGCAGUGUCACAGUAGCCUAUGUAAAAAAAAAAAAAAAAAAAAAUCUUACCUCAGUAGAAAGGACAUUUGGCUGAGGCAGUGUCAAUGAUUUUUUUUUAAACAAUAAAAAACUGUUAAAAGCACUGUUUGGGUAGCAAAGGAAUGUUAAUUUUUAACAUUUAGAUUGCAUUUAGUCUGUUAGCAUGACUUCCAAGUUGAGUGCUUCCCUGCUGUUGCAUAUGGAUCAAGAGGAAAAUAUCGAUAUUCCAAUAUGAAUAAAGUAUUGUAAAAUGUAGGAUGGUGUACAAUAUCUGAGUGAGAGGCUGUGUGUGGCUCUUAAACAAGACAGACAGUUGUGUAGGACUUGGCUCUGUAAUCUAUGUAAGAUGUAUGUAAUGAUACUCAUCUUUCAAUAUCCUGAGGUGGGCUUGAGUGUGAAACAGGGACUUAAUGUCCAGAUCACAAUGUCAAAGAUUGGGAAUAUCUGGCUGGAUGGCUUCUGUCUAUCAAAAAUUAAAGAGUCUGUCCAAGAGAGGGGAGUGCUACCAGAAAAACAGCAUGAUGCAGAGCACAGGACUUUGGAUGGAGCUGAAAAGACCUAAUUUUUAUUCCUACCUCUUCCACUGGCCUUCCACUUUCGGUGCCAAAGUCCUUUUGUGGAGAUGACCCUGAGUGGCAUUUAUGUAGGACUUAUUUGCCUAAAUCUAAACAUUAGAUCAUCAACACCCCCACAUAGUUGUCUUUGACACUUGCCACUUAAGUUACUGACAUUAUGUUCCUGAGGCUUCUUUCUGGACAUUUUCAACUAUACUUCAGUGAUGCAUGUUUGACUUAUUGCCUAAAGCUGAACCAUGUUUGCUUUAGCCAAUAAUUUUCUAAUGUAAAAUAUAUAUAGUUUGGGGCAGUGGCUUGGGACCAAGGGCUUCCCUUCCCAGAUAAGUGCCCUACGUAAUAGCCAUGCUCACUCGGUCAUUCCUCAAGCUUGCUUGCUUUUCUGCAACAACAGAGUUUCCCUGUGCCUGAAGAAGGGUACUUGCACCCAAAAGCUUACAAAGAACUUUGUUCAAACUACUCAGUUGGUCUAAUAAAAGCUAUCAUGUCUACUCAAGGAACCUUGCCAGCUUUAAAUGGAGAACUGGAAGGUGCCCCAGUAUAUCACCAGAGUGACUAGGGCACUCACUUGAGAGAGUGGGGUUGAAACCCCUUCAGAGAAAGAAAGUACUCAGAUUCGGAUAUCCCGUCUCUUGAGUGAGUUCUCUAACCACUGACCUAUUGUAUAUAAGCAGGUGGCUUCCUCUUCUUCCCGCUACUUGUGACAGAAAAGUUUCUUCCCUGUUCAUUUUUCUGAAAGAAAGUAGGUAGAUUUCUAGCUUCCAGCGAGGACUCUGGGAUGUGAAUCCCAAAUGGGAGGAGGCACCUGUUGGAAGUGCAAAUUAAGUACCUCAGCCCCAGAAAUGGGUAUCUCAGCCCUUUCCUCAGUGCUUCCCACUGGCUCCCUGGAUGCUUUCCCAAGUACUGGGCACAUCUACAUGAGACGCUUUACUGAACAGUAGACCAAUUUACUGCACAGUAAGCAUCACCGUCUACACAUGUAGAUGCUUCUGUGCAGUAAAUUGGUCUACUCUGCAGUUAAUUUGCCGCAGCCUUCUAGCCCUGUGCUCCCUGCCAACCCUUGAGCUAGCACCCAGGGGGAGCCUGGACCUCCCCCUGGCUGCUGCAGGGGGGCAGAGCAGGGUGGGAGCAGCCCUUUCCUGGCUGCUCCCACUGUGAGAAAAUCUGUUCCCAAGAGGGAGCACAUGUAGACAUAUUUUUACUGUGCAGUAAGCCUACUUCAAAUUAAUUGCGUGUGUAGACACACCCACUGUGUGGGAAACACAGAAACCUAACUCAGCACCAGGGAUCCUGCUAUGGGGGCCAGAUGCCUAACUCCCUUUAGGUCUUGACCUUUGUUCUUUCUUUUUCCACCUGAAACUAGGGAAGCUAUUUUUACCAUCACCAUUUGAUCCCUGCCUCUAUACACAGCUUCAUUUCUAUUCAGUUGCAAAUGUUUAUGGAACAUAUUCAUCACUUAUGUCUAUAGUUCAGGGACAGAUUUUUACCAUGGGAUUCUACAGAAGCCUGAUGGGUCAUAAUAACGUAUGCAUUAGCAAACUGCAUGGACUAAUUGUGAUUUGAAAGCAGUCUGUGCCUAAAGAAACAUGGAUCUCUUGUUUCACCUCAUAAUAGUGACCUAUUGGUCUUGUACAAUGUAUAGAUAAGCCAUAAGGGUAGUGUAUAAUUUCUAUUGGUAUGAGUUCGGGGUGGCUACAUUCUGUAUAAAACACAGGUGCUCCCACACAGUGAGUGCAUGCUAAAUUUUUAUAAUAGAAUUAGAGAAGCUAUUGUGCUUGAAGUACUUGUGUCACUUUAUAAAAUUAUAAAAACCCACUAAUCUUUGUUACCUUUAAAACUGCAUCUUUACUUCAGCAUUUUCCAGUUGCUAGCAUAUUCCCAAAUGUGACUCAUACUAAAAUGCAACUCAUUUGUGUGCACUGAGUGUUAUUUAGCCAUGGGAAUUGUAAGUGCCAAUGCAGAAGAAUUUAUAUAUAAAGUGGCAUUUUAUAUUACAACCCAUAGACAUAAUUAAUGGAAAUGCAUGUAUAUACAUGCACGCACACACACAUACACAAAUGUAAUAUAAAUAUAUUAAUCUAUUUUGUUACUACAGAUUACAUAACCUUAGGAUAACAGGUUUCCUCCAUUGGGAUCUACAAACCAUCUUUAUAAUGAGAUAAAUAUAUCCCUAAGAGACAGCAAAAUAUGCACAUUUUGACAAUCUUUGAAGGCAAAUAAUCAGACUUAUUUACUGGAAAAAUAUUUUUUGCAGAGGAGGAAAAAUUAAUAUUUCAUUUUUCUGAUAAAAUGUAGAAAUGCUGUUAAACUCACCACUCUAGAAAUAGAAAUACAAAAUGAUGGGUGGUGUUUUUAACUAACACAUGUAGCAUCAGAACUAAAUGAAGUCCCUUGGCAACCCCAGUCUGUAACACUUGGCAACACUGACAGAGAGAUGUGUUAAUGCAUAUGAAGCCCGCAGCUGCUGUUAACAUCCUAUAAAUCUCAACAGUUGUUGAAAUUCCAUUGCCAUCACAGAAGCAGUUUGCAUGAAAGCUGCUUUAAAAAAAUAUGGUCCUUGCUAUUGUAGACAUUUUUGUCAAAUACACAGUCUAAAUUGAAACCACCCAUUUACAGAAAAAAUGUGGUAGCGUAAGUGGGGUUUUUUACUGUAAGAUAAAAAUGGCAGGCCUUACUUUAAAAACCCUUUCUAUUCAUCCUGCCUUGUCUUCCUUCUUUCCUCAGGUUACUAGAAAAGCUUCCUUCUGCACUCACUGACACUGAGGGAAACGCUCCCAGUGACUUUCAGUGGUGCAAGAUAAGGCCUUUUCUGAGGUGCUUAGCAACUCUGAAUAUCAGGCCUUUGUAUUUGAUUCUGGUGGUGAUCUUUCCUUUGGAACUCUUGAGUGAUGGCUAUUCCAAAGAAGUAAAGAAAAAGAUGUCAGGUCCUCUGGCCACAGAUGUUAAGACUGCAAAUAUUUCUUCUUCCAUAUCUCUCUUGGAGUAAAUAAGCAAACUCAGAUGAAUAACCUGAGUUAUAGGCAUACUACAGCAUGAAAAAGCCAGAAAUCCGAACAAAUCUUCAGAAUGACCUGAAGUAUUUUUGCAUCCUAUGCCUUGGUUGUAAGAGUAAUGGUCCAACUCUUCAACUGCUGUAAAUGGGCAAAGCUCCCUGGAUUUCCACAGGUCUACAUGGAUAGAAACACGCUCUGAGAACUUGGCUCAUUUAUUUAAGAACUGAAGCUCUAAUCAUUUCAUAUUGAAAUAAUUCAUUGACCCGACCUGUAUUUUCCCCCAGAAGCUUUUGUUAGAUCUGUCAUGCUUCUGUCAUUUCUGUGCGAUCCUGAACAGCACUGUGCCAACUAAUUAGCAAGAAAUACAAAGUUGAGCUUGCUUAUUUUUUGUCCUUAAAUAAACAACAAAAACGGAUGAGUUACUAAUUCCAAUCAAUCCAUAAUUACUAAGAGAAACUGAAUAUCGAUUAAACAAAUAAGAAAAUGUAGGGCUCACCAUGGCCAGUAACUCAUGUCACAGGGAAGUCCGUGGAAACAUCCAGAUCAGCUUGGCCUUUCAAGUGGAGCUCAAUAUUAACCCAACUUUACUAGCCCCACUAUCUUUAUGCAGUGCUGCACAGCCCAGUGCAAAUAUACCCUUUGAGGGAAAUCAUCAGUUGUUCUUCAGAGGCCUGAUUCGCCCCUGCUUUGUGCCCAACACGGUCCUUUAUUUCUGUUCCAAGGGAGUGCCCAUCAGGUGUAAACCAUUACAGGUGUGAUUUCCUUCUUUUGCACCAGUUACAUACUAGCAUAGAUGCCAAUUCAUACCAGUGCCAGGUAAGGGUCAAAUACAGAAUUUUGGGUUUGGUAGCGUAAGAUGCCAAGUUUGCACAGAUGUAAUGUGCAGAACACAGUGCAAAGCAGUGGACAGAUGGCAAUAAGCCAUGAAUUCUCAGUCCCAUUGAAAUCAAUGGAAAACUCCCAUUUUAUUGAAUACGUGAGGAUAUCAAAGGUACCUAACAAGUGCCAGUAACUUCCAUUAGAGGCUCUAUUCCUAAAAUUAUACCUUCUGAAUUAAUAUACUGAGUAAAAAGCUAAACUUUUCUUAAAAGGAAAGUUUGAGUGUUUAUGAUGUUACAUAUUUUGUUCCUAAAACAUUUCAUUUUCUGAGCUAGUCUAAUUAUAGUUGAAAGUAAAAUUAUUGUCUUUAUGUAGAACAUGAGCUUCUUUGCUUGAGCCAGACAGACUCUAAUUACCUGCAGUUGUGAGACUGCAUAUUAAUACCUGAUUAAAGACUGAAAACACAUGUUGCUACAAACAAGUCCAUACUACAAUUGAAUGUAGCCUGAAGAACAGUCUAUUGUUAAUGGGUAAUAUGAAGUUAUAAUUAAGUGCCAUAACCUCGGUGUGAAUAUAAAACAGUACUGAAUUUAAAAUAUGUGCUAAUAUCCUUAGGUAACCAGGUAACAUCCAGUGUCCAGCCAUCUCCACACUUACUUUAGAAAACGUGUUUUGGCAUGUUAAUUCGAAAUAGGGAUAAGCUGUCAGACAAGCAAAGUGUACUUGUACAAAUCACAUUUUGCAGUCUUCACUCAUGUCUUCAAGCCAUUGUAAGGACAGACUAGCAGCCUGUUCAAAUAAAUUACCUUUGUAUUUAGAAAUUACAUACAUCUCAUUCCUAUUCACCAAUCAGCUAUGAUCCUAGAUAGUCAAUAAUGUUUGGGGGAUUUUAUUGUCAUUUGUAUUGGUUCCUUGGAAGUUAAUUAUUGUUAAGAUCAUUGAGCAUUUAUUUGCAUUAAUUCUUCACCAUCAAACCACUGAUAGAAAUGGGUAUCAGACAAACCAGAUUCAAGGACCAGUUGCAUUUAAAACUGCUGUACAUGUCCUAUGCAACAAAACUUCAAACUAAUGUUAAUAUCUCUCAGUGAUGGUUCUCUUUAGAUUUUGUGAAUGUUUGUUUCAAGCCUUGUUGUAAUUUAGAUAAAGAAUCUUUUUUUUUUUUUUUUUUUUUAAUGGAUAAUGAUUUGUUUAAAAUGCCUCUUGGGGAGAAGAGUAGGGAAUUUAAAUAUAUAGUUUAAGCGAUUUUUAAAUAUUAGUCCUUGCAGGUUAUAAACUUAGGGUCAUUCAAAAUUUUUAAAUUUUCAAUAACUUUUAAAACCUUUCCCCUUGUUGUUUAUCAGACACCUAAUAGAUUAAUCAAAAUUUGUCAAACAUGAGAGUCCUGAUUAAAGUAUUUCAUGACAGUUUUUAAAUAUAUUUUGCAAUUAAUUUUUCUGCAUUUUUCAGAUAACUCUACUUUAAAAAAAUAUGGGCUCGUAGCUAGAAGGACUUCAUCUGAGUCACAGCAGUGCCGUAUAAGAAAGUAUUUGUGUUAUUGGUCUAGCUGAGAACAAAGGUAGAUGGAAAACUGGGACACUGGACAAGAUCUUUAGAUACAUCACAUGUUAUAAGUGUAUAACAAACUACUGUCUGACACGUACAACUUUGCUAAGUUACUAAGUUGCCAACUUUAGGACCUAGACAAGAGACCAACCAACCACCAAACAGAAUUUGACCAGUUAACUAUCAUAAUCACUUUUAUAAAUGCAACUUCUAAAAAGAAAACAAGCUCGCUAUUUAAUGAUUCCAUAAAAGUCUGGGGUAAAAUUUCCUAAAAGCACAAGGACACUUCAGCACCCAACUCCAUUAGUAGUUGAGCAGAAAUGUCCUUUGCGCUUCUGAAAAUCUCCUCCCUCUUGCUAGACUUAGACACUUUGAUGACGACUGUUAGCCAUAUCAGAGAGGUUUGGCCCAAGCUUUCUUCUAAUGCUGUAUCUUUUAUCUAGAGGCUGUCUUAUUUUUUUACCAAAUGUGACAAGUGGAAUAAACCUGCCUGCUUUUUAGGCAGUACCCUUUUACAGAUUUGCUAUGAGAAGCCAGUCUUUAAAGCCAUGUUGUGAGUCACAAGCCAAAUAAGGAAAAUACAAAUCUAACCUGACUGUGCUUGUGGCCACUGAUAAAGACCAAAAACAUUCAGGUACCACUUGCAUUUAGCUCUCUUGGCUGUUGAGCUCUGUAAAUACAGUGGAUUCUCUUUGUAAGACUUUUCUUUUGCAUAUUUGCUCAUGCUUUAAAAAGGAACUGUGCUAUGAAAAAAGGCUGAUGGGUAUCCUCAGAUGCAGUAUCUCAUCUACAAUACCCUAUAGUGAGAGGUUCCCAUAUGAGAGGCUGGUCCAGUUUCAGUUGAUGUCAACAAGAAAAACCACACUGAUAACUAUAUAAGGAAUAGCACACCUGGUUAUUAAAUUAAGAUGACCUGCUGGUUUUUAUGAUUUAGUUUUUGAGACACAUGGCCUAAACAACCUAUAUUCUCUCCAUUCCCAAAGGAAACCCAGCAGAAUAUUUUUUUUAAAGUUAUAAUUAAUCUGAGCUAUAGCCCAUCAUGAUGCCAGACUCAGAUGCUCUCUUGCUUUCCCUUUUCUAACUGACCUUUUAAAUCUAGAAGGUGUUAUAUAGUUACAGCAAAUAGGGACUUAUUCAACUCUCAUUCUCUGCACAGAGCUCCCAUUACCGUGAAUGGGAGUUCAAACAAAAAUCAAAGGCAGACUCUGUCCUUAAAUGUUAUUAAAAUAGAUUACUUUCACCUUGCAACUUGAUUCUGCUACAUGGAAGCUCCUUUAAAGGAAUCCCCAUGGACAUCAAUGAGAAAUGCUGCUGGAGGUGAGGACAGUAUCUAGAUCAUACCGUUGCAAUAUGAUUACAGGCUUGGGUUCUCAAAAAAACUGAAAGGCGUCAUAGUCCCAAAUCCUAUUGCAAUCCUUAACCUCUGGUGGGCUCCUUUGAAAAUUGUAGUCACAGUCCUCCAAAGUUGGCAAGUAGGAUGACUAUCCUAAAAUACAGCUUUCUGUUAAGCUUACAAUUCUGGCAAAAUUAAAGGUUUCAGGUUUUUGAGUUGCUAUAAGCAUCCCUGAGUUAGGUAAGUUCUGCCUCCCUGUUACUCUCAGAAACUGAGAGGGUUAAGUGACGUACUCUGAGGGUGUAUCUACAUGUGACACUAUGUUGCCAUUGGGGUGUAUUAGGAUGACCUAGAUGAUGUAGCAUCCAUGGGUGUCUGUAUGUGACCAGCAGCUACUUUGCCAUAGCAGUGCACUUCCGCCUUAUAGGGUGCCACUAUGGCAAAAUAUCUGCUAAAAAUAACCAUGCACUGCGAGUACAGCUCAGUACAGGCAGUUAUUGCACCAUGCUUUAGUAUUUCCAGAAAGAAGUACUAAAGCACAGCACAGUAACAAUGUUGCCAUAGGGCAGUGUGUAGACAUGCCCUGAAUGUACAUCGAAUGCACCAGGCAAAGGUGAGAUAAGAAGUAGGAACUGCUGGUUCCCAAUUUCACACCCAUUCUGCUGUCCAUGAGAGCAGUUUUAUUAAAUAUUAAUUUUGCUGCAAAUUAAGCCAUGUCUGCAGCAGCCUGUGAUUUUAACGCCAGCAAAUCUUUGGGUAUGACUUAAGAAUGCAGAGUGUUUUUCCUCUCUCGUUUUGCAGUCUCUCACAACAGAUCCUAAUCCCUCUAACUCCCACUAGUUUCCUAUAUUCGAACCUGGCAGCUCUGCUUAGGAUAAACAAAAAUGGAUUGAAGGAUAUUGCGGCAGUCAGAAAAAGACAAAAAAAGCCUGCAUUCUGCCAGUUUGCUCCCAUUUUGUUCGAGGUCACUCUGAAGCCAGUCUGAAACCAUUCCAGGAUUCAAAAUCCAGGUUUUAGUGUCAGAAACUACAGGAAUUGGCAAGUUUAACAGGAAUAAUAAGAACAGUAAAAAAAAAAAACCCCACACCUAAAACCCAAUCCUGUAAGCUCUCCAUAUGUUGACGUUUCUUUUAAGUCAUUGAUUCAAAAAAGGAACGUGUAUCUAAGCUCCACUGCCAUCUUAAAUUUUGCAAGGUGUAAAGUAAGACCUGAAUAUGUAACUCUAAACAUAUCCCCCACACUCAGCUAGCAUAACUGCAAUCUGAACUACUUAUUUCUCCCUCAGCUUGAAGAUUGCUAGGCAGGCAGGCAAAAAGUGCCUAAGCCAGAUCAUGCAAGAUACAAAAGAAUGUCUAACUUCUCUGUUUAAUGUUUGCUUUUUCCAGGGAUGUUUUAAUUAAGAUGUUGGUGACAUCCUAAAAUUGCUUUUGACUACCUGCCUCUUUUGCUGUUUCAUUAUCUGUCUUGUUCAGUGUCUAUAUAAGUGAAAAAAGAGAGAGAGGAUGUCUGCCUCUUCAUAGGUAAAGAUUGCUGAUUUAUAGUGAUUACAAAGUAGGUGGGUAUUAUCUGGCUUUACUAUCAUGUAAACAGAGUCAAAGACUAAUAGUGAAUUCCACAGUAUUCAUUGUAUUGGUAGGACCAGCUGUCCAUUCACUUAUUUGAUAUCAGGAACACUGCAAAUAGAUCUUACCCACCAAGAUAUCUCCCUUAAAACUACUUUGUAAAGUUAACCUAUCAAAAUAGCUUACAUUCAGUAGCCUAUACUGUGCUUGUACAUUGUUAUGAAGAAUAUUUAUUACUACACCGUUAUUGAAUUGUAUUGUAUUAUACUCAAAUUAUGGCUUCUGUUGAAGGUUCACUGUCUUUGUUGAGACACUGAUGCUUUUAUUUGUACUUAAAUAUAAUUUCUAUUCAUUGGCCUAUGUCACAGGGGAGGCCAGAGUUAGAGCAUAAUGGUUUCUACGGGCCUAAAAUCUACACGAGAUCCAUCUACACUGAGCUUUCAGUUUGGUGACUUGGAACGUGUACUGCUGAGUGGUGUAAGCUAUGGAAAAUACCUGGUGAAGUAUAAAAACAAAGCAAAACAAUUAUGUAUUACACCAAAAAGUUCCCAAUGGUUAACAUGUGAGCGAUGAAAAAAUGAAGGGUUGCAAUGAUAAUAUUCCUUGCACACCAGCCACUCAUCUUCAGCAAGAGUAUUGCCUUGUUUAAGACUGUGGGAUCAUGGCUGUGGCUUGUUUUCACUGUAAAAGAAUGUGUUGUAUUUUAAACUUUCUGGACUAUUAAGAGCUUAGCACUUAUGGAAAUCCAGCCAGCCUGUAACAGUUCUGGAUCUACAUGAAGAGCAAUUAAGUAUGAUGAUAUCAACACUAAUACAGGUGACCGAUUAUCUAAACCCUUGGCAGAGAGAAUUAAAUAGCACACGGUUCAUGAACAAACAAUUAAUAUUUCAUGAGCAAAAAGUUUGGAAAGGGGGGGGUUGGGCAGCUGAAUAGCAUUUCCUUUGAAAGAGGCAUUGUCCUUUCAUUGCUUAUUUUAGACAAAGUCAGUGUAGAAAAGUUUCAUCCUGUACUAGCAUGCACUCUUGAAUUUGCAUUGAGACUUCUCCUCCAAAGUCCAAAUGAGUGAAAACUAGAAACAUAAGACAUAAACUAAUGUCCCAGUCCUGUGAGGUCCAGCUAUACCAUCUACCAGUUGGAUGGCCUCCCCCUGCCAUUGAAGUCACUGCUGAGCUGUUCACAAGAGGAUUAUUAGAUAUAUUUCCAGCCAAAGGAACAAGAUCCUCAUAUGAUAUAACGUGAUAGAACUCCACCCACUUCUGUGGCUUCUUGACAUCAAGGAGUUCUGAGCUACACUAAUUGAGAAUUUGGUCCAAAAUAGACUGAAGCAACUAACUAAAAUAAAAAGUAGGAUUUAAUUAUUUACAAUCUAUAAUAUUUAAUUACCAUAAGGAAGGAUAAAUAUGACUGUAGAGGACAGACAGCAUAUCACGGGGAAACAAAAUAUGAACUACCAUGCAUGAAAGUUACUUUGUGAGAGGUGAAAGUUACAUUAUGAGCGGUAAUACAUUUUCCCAGGAAAGAGUGGCUCUUAUUGGGCAUGGUUUGGAGUCCAUAUUUUUCAUGAGAAAAGCACUUUGAAUGAAAAGCUUACAUUAAGAUUAACAACAAAACUCUGCAUGCUUAUACAGGCUAGAUCUUCAUAAUGCUGUCAGGCUUGGAUGAUGUAUUGCAGCAUUAUUGCUAUUUAUAAUCAACAAUUACUAACACUAUAAUCAAGUAAACUUAGUGGUAGCAAUUAUGGCAACAUAAAUAGCAAUCCAUAUGCUAUAAAAGCAUCAUUAUCGAUGUUCUUGGCAACUAUAGCCAUAGAAAAUUUUCACGGGAAGAUACUGGAAGUCUAUAUACCAGCUAGGAUCUGCUAGUCUUUUUAUAUACCAUUUUUAAUAAACUUCCUAAAAUGAAGCUUCGGAAAGGUACACUGCCUCUUUAAAAUUAGUCUAGAACUACAGGUAGUUCACAUUAUUUUUAAAAACAAUAAAUAUAUAUCUAUAUUAAAAUAUAUACAAAUACUUAAGUUGGGUGGCCUACCUUAUGGAAAGGCUGCUGCUAUACAGAAUUCUGAGCUAAUGUUGUACUACCUUGUCCUUCUGUUUUGUAGAUAGUCGUCCCUUAUUAGACGAGGUUAUGUUCUUGCUCCACAGAAGGUGCCUGUGUAUAUAGCUCCUUUGUAUUGCUUUCUGCAGAGUCCCUUAUAUAUUUCUUACUACUAAUGCUGUGUAGAAAAUUAAAUCCAGAGAUUUUACUACUGAUAACUAUUCAUCUAAUGCCACUAGCAAAAUAAAGAUUGAGUUGUUUGCGAAACAGAUGAUUUAUAUUGUGUACGGUUUAUUGCCUAACGACUUGUUUUGUGACUGAUUCUUUUUUCUUCCUUCUGGCCCCUGUUGCUUUUUAUUUUUCCAGCUACAGUGUUUACUCCUCAAUUUGAUUAACUAGCAGGCAAUAAAGUAUAUUGUACGUUUUGAAACCAA